AUGAUCCGUCCCCUGUGGAAUGAACCUGUUCCUUUCCGAGAUUUCACUGCAUUAACUCAGGUGAUUGAGAAAGACUGUGGAUAUGAAUGUGGUAGUCAGUGUGAUGAAAAUCAGGAGCCAGUACCAGAAAAUAUUAAUAAAGACACGCCUUCUUCAAUUAGAGUUUAUGAAAGCCAGUCACAUGUAAGAAACAUCAUUGGUCAUUCAUCCUCACAAAUAUGUCCACAAGACCAAACUGGAGUAAAACAGUCUGAAUAUAUGGAAGCUGUGGCAAAGGGUUUCAAACAUGAGAAACAUUGGGAAGAUAUUAAUCAGAUACUUGAAACUUUUGCAGAGAAGUCCUCCCCCAUUGUAGAAGUCUUAAAGAGGGGCAAAUAUGGCCAGAAAGAUGAAGGGAUCCAUACAGAAGUGAAACCAUUGUGUAAGCAUUGUGAAGAAGCUUUCAUUGAUUCAAUUGACCUCAUCAGCUAUGAAAAAAUUCAUACUGGUGAUAAAAGUUACAUUUGUAAGCAAUGUGGGAAAACAUUUAAAUAUGCUUCAUGUUUUGAGAAACAUAAAGUAAGUCACAAAGGAGAGAAACUUUAUUCAUGUAAGUACUGCGGGAAAGUCUUCACCCGCUCCUAUAGUCUUAACAUUCAUGAAAGUAUUCACACCGGAGAAAAGCUUUAUAUCUGUAAGCAUUGUGGAAAAAGCUUCACCAGUCCCGCUUAUUUUAAAAUUCAUGAAAGAAUUCAUACUGGAGAAAAACCCUACACAUGUACAUAUUAUGAUAAAACCUUUGCCAUUUUGAGUUCUCGUAAUACUCAUGAAAGAGUUCACAGGGCUGGGAAGGCUUAUCCAUGUAAGCAUUGUGGAAAAGCCUUUACCAGCUCCAGUUGGAGAAAUGUUCAUGAAAAGAGCCACACUGGAGAGAAGCCUUAUGCAUGUAAGCAUUGUGGAAAAACCUUUUAUGGAUCUAGUUCUCGUGACUCUCAUGAAAGAAGUCACACCGGGGAGAAAUCCUUUGUUUGCAAAACAUGUGGGAAAAUGUUCCUUCUCUCUCAUCAUUUUAUCAGCCAUGAAAGAAUUCACUCUGGCAAAAAACCUUAUGCAUGUAAGCAUUUUGGAAAAACCUUCACCAGUUCCAGGUGGCGUGAGACUCGUGAAAGAAAUCACAAUCUAAAGAAGCCUCAGUUUGUAUGUAAGCAUUGUAAGAAGUCUUUCACCAGUUCAAAGCUCUGUACCAUUCAUGAAAGAACACACACUAGAAAGAAACUUUAUGCUUUUAAGCAUUGUGGGAAAACUCUCACCAGUUCCAUGCACUGUAAUAUUCAUGAAAGAACUCACACUGGAGAGAAGCCUUAUCCCUGUCGCAUUGUGGAAAAGCCUUCCCUAAUUCUUAUAAUCGUAAUAUCCAUGAAAGAACUCACACUGGAGAGAAGCCUUAUCCCUGUCAGCAUUGUGGGAAAACCUUUGCCAGUUCCACUUGCCGUAAUAUUCAUGUAA